ACCCCGACAUCAAACAUGAACAGAAUAAUUUCAAAAUCAUUUGAAACCCAGAAGCAUACGAAGCGCUCAGAAAACAUCUUCGGCGACCCCUUUUUACCCCAAAACCAAACCAACAAGUCAGCGACUCUGAGUAAUAUAUAAUUAAAUUUCCUCUAUUUUGUUUUGGGGGUUUUAAAAUCGAACUUUGGGGUUGAUUUGAAUCGAAAACAGUAAUGUCCGCAUCUACCGUCUCGAUCACCGCCAACCCAGCGGCGGCGACGCCUCGCCGGCGUUCCCUCGUCGCCGAUAAGAGAUCGAACAUUGAAGCUUUGGUUGUUGAUCCAAAUGCUACUGGGGUUAACCUUGUGGAAGACAAAGCCGCCGCUGCUGCCGUUGGCACUGCCGGUUACAGAAGAGAUCUGAGCCACGAUUCGGGUCGUGCGGAGCCGUCAAAGGACUCGUUGCAAGCGAAAAGGGUUGUCGUGGGUCAGAAUUCGAACGGCUCGCUGCGACGAUCGCGGAAAGGAGCGGUUAACAAGGCCGAGAAACCUCGGUGGUCGACUGCGGUUAGCAUUUUUGCUAAGAAUUUAGCACUUUUGCUUGUUUUGGUUGGAUUAGCUCAGAUUAUUAGGAGAUUGGCUUUGAAAUCUGGGGAUGUUAGUAGCGUUGGGACACAUGCGGGAUUAACUGAAUUUGAGGGUAGGGUUGCUGAGGUUGAGAGUUUUUUGAAGACCACGGCUAAGAUGAUUCAGGUUCAGGUAGAGGUUGUUGAUAGGAAAAUUGAAAACGAAAUUGGUGGGUUAAGGAAGGAAUUGAAUGAGAGAAUUGUGGAUCAAACUGUGGUAUUGGAGAAUUCAUUGAAAAAAUUGGAAGAAAAGAAUGAGGAAUUAGAUAAGUCCUUGAGUGAAUUGAAGAGUGCGAAUUUGUUGACAAAGGAAGAGUUUGGAAAGAUGUACGAACAAAUGUUAAAAGAGAAGGGUCAAAAUGGUGAGUCCGAGAAUGCAGUGAGUUUAAGCGAUCUAGGAGCCUAUGCGAGAGAGAUUGUGAAGAAUGAGAUUGAGAAGCAUGCCUCGGAUGGGCUCGGCAGGGCUGAUUAUGCUCUCUCGUCAGGUGGGGGAAAGGUUGUUCGGCAUUCAGAGCCCUUUCUUGCUGGAAAGGGAAUCAACUGGUUUCUAAAAACUAGCCGAAAUGGAGUUCAUCAGGAUGCAGACAAGAUGUUGAAGCCAAGUUUUGGAGAGCCAGGGCAGUGCUUUCCAUUGAAAGGAAGCAAUGGGUUUGUUCAGAUUAAGCUGCGCACUGCUAUUAUCCCAGAGGCUAUUACUUUGGAACAUGUUGCCAAGAGUGUUGCAUACGAUAGAUCCAGUGCACCCAAGGAUUGCCGCGUCUCUGGCUGGCUGCAAGGCCGUGAUCUUGAUGUCACUGUUGAUGCCGACAAGAUGUUUCUUUUGGCAGAAUUCACGUAUGACCUUGAGAAGAGUAAUGCUCAGACCUUUGAUGUAUUGGAUACAGCAGGUAUCGGAAUUGUUGACACAGUUAGGCUGGAUUUUUCUUCCAACCAUGGAAGUGCUUCACAUACCUGCAUUUACCGUUUGAGGGUGCAUGGUCACGAACCCAAUUCUGUUUUAAUGGUGAAAACGGAGUUGUGAUCCAUAUUGUAUUUGCUAUCUGCAUUCUUCUCGGUACUUAUCGAUUUUGUCUCUUCAUUUAAUUAUAUAUUGACUCAGAUCAUUCUACUAACUAGAUACAGAUUCCUUAUCCUGUUAGAAUUCCGUCUGUGUAGCAAAUGAGUGUGAAUCUACUUUUAUGUUUCCACUUUCCAGUUAGGUUCUACUUGAAUUAAGAACAAUGAUUUUGAUAUAUAUAUACACAUAUAUAUAUAUGAACCAGAA